AUGACUGACGCCCCCUUCGAGUUCCUGCCUUUGGGCGCCAUCCUCCAGUCGUUCAGGGUCAACGGCACCAACAUCGUCCAAGGUUUCCCGACCCAGGACCUCUACGAGAAGCACAACUCUCCCUACUUUGGCGUCACCGUCGGCCGCGUCGCGAACCGCCUCGAGUCCGCCCAGAUCAAGUCCCUCAACGGCGGCAAGACCUACAAGCUCGCGGCCAACGACGGCGCUAACCACCUCCACGGCGGUAUCAAGCCCUGGAGCAAGCGCGUGUGGGACGGCCCCAAGCCCGUCGGCACCCGUGAGAUCCCCGGCGUCGAGGGCCUCAAGGGCGGCGAGAGCGUCGAGUUCUCGCUCACCAGCGAGGAUGGCGACGAGGGCUUCCCGGGAACUGUGAAGGUCACUGUUGUCUACACUGCUGGCACGCAACAGGUCGACGGCAAGGAGGUCUCCGUGCUGGGCAUGGAGUACGAGGCUAAGCUUGUUGAUGGCGCCGACGAGACGGCCAUCAACAUGACGAACCACUCUUACUUCAACCUCACCGGCGACGAGACCUUCGCGGGGACCAUCGCCACGCUGGCGACGAACGCCCACCUGCCCCGCGAGAACGGCAUCCCCACCGGCGGCCCCGUGCCGUUCCCCGGCAUCGAGGGCGGCAAGCCGUUCGAGCUGGGCGUCGACGGGCCCGCCGUCGACGACUGCUUCGUCGUCAACGAGAACCCCGGCUCGGUGCCCGUCGACACGCGCAAGGAGCCGCUGAGGCUCCACGUGCACGCGAAGCACCCCAAGAACGGCGUCAACCUGGAGGUCCUCAGCACGGAGCCCGCUUUCCAGUUUUACACGGGCGAGGGCAUCGACGUGCCUGCGGUGGAGGGCGCGCCGGCGAGGGGCAAGAGGAGCGGGUUCUGCGUUGAGCCGAGCCGUUGGGUCAAUGCUAUCAAUGUGGAUGAGUGGAAGGGCCAGAUGUUGCUGAAGAAGGGCGAGACUUAUGGCACUCGUAUCGUGUACAAGGCCUGGAGCGAGUGA